AAAGUAUUGACACAUAUUUCCCAAUUCAGGUUACAUUUUUGCACAUAGUAAAGUUUCUCGUACACUAGUUAGUAUAAUAUAGUUUAUAUAUAUUUCGGUCGCACAUUUAGCUUUCAUUCUGGUAGCUGCGGGGCCCUGGGAUCUGUCACUAAACAGUUGAAAAGGCGACAAUGUCUGCUUAUGCGUGCUUCAACUUCUUGGCUGUCAUAGUAGGCUGUAUGUUAGCCAACGUCCGCUGUCAAGCCACGACGUGCACAUACAACUCUAAUUCAUAUGAGGUAAGAGAGAUCUUUCACAAAUACUCACAUUGGCUGAACGCUUAUAGACUCAUCUGUCACGGCGAUAACAUUGAAAGUAAAUAUAAACUUUGGCUUAAAAAUUUAUUUUAUGCAGACAAAUCUUCACGUUUUAAAAAUACAUUAAACAUAUUUACUAAUAAGUGGAGGAGUGAAUGAAAAUUAUUGCCAUCUGCGUCUAAAGUUUAUCCAUCUAUCCAUCAAUCCAUCCUUUUGGCGCCACAGCCCAACUAAUGAUUUGGCCUGCCUCACCACUUUCUUCCACUCAGAUCACAUUCUUUUUUUUUCUUUCUUCAUUCUUGGAUUCUCAGAUGAUGUACAUCUUUUUCCACAUCAUCCAUCAAUCCAAGGCUAGGUCUGCCUUUGAGCGGGUGAAAUAAUGUUUUACAUUUACAAAUGGUGUGACAAUUGGAGUCAAUUGUUACUUUUCAUUUUUUUCGUCACAAUAUCCAAUCAUACGGCAUAAAAUUAAAAUAUUAUACUUCCAAUAGAUUGGUGCAUCAGGUCCUGAUAUUUUUCCAAUUGUAGGAUACAUAAAAAUUUUUAAGUUCUGAAAUUAUUCCAAUAGAUUGGUGCGACUCUAACUUAUGAUAUUAUUCCUUUAGAUUUUUGCAACAAUAACUCAUGAAAUUAUUCCAUUAGAUCGGUGCAACUAUAACGCAUGAUAUUAUUUCAUUAGGUCGGUGCAACUAUAACUCCUGACCCAUGUGAAAUCUGCGUGUGUAAGUCAACUGGUUAUUUCGAGUGCUUCCACUACUCAUGCCAACCCUCGUACUGCAGCAACAGAUAUCGGCUCCCUGGGGAAUGCUGUUACAGAUGUCCUCAAGUUGACCCCGAGACGCCACAACCACCUCAACCCCCUCAGCCACCUCAACCACCCGUAAUAAACUUUUCUUUUAUAAUCAAUAUCAAUUUUAUUAUAUAAAGAAAAGAAAAUGAUUAUUAUAAAUAGAACAGGAUUAAUUGAAAUUAAACAACAUGGCAAACCACUACUCUGUCAAAGUAUGAAAAUGAAAUCAGCCCAAAUAAUAACAUGGAUAGAAACCCAAAACUGAGUCAAUGUUGGCUGCAGUUUUGUUGACAGCAAUUACACACGAAUAUGAACAUAUGCAUACUUACUCACAGCUUUGUUUUCAUUAUGUGGGUUGAUAACGGUGUGGCUUUAGUGUCUUAUCUAGAUCGAUGUGAUGUGGAUAGGGUUUGUGGCGCCCUGGGUGGUAAUGGAGUUAGUCGGUUAUUCACUCCCCGGAAAAUAACAACCACUGAGCUUACUACGUUAACCAAACUUUAACCACUGGGUCAUCGGGUUGAGGCCGGGGGGAAGGUGUUGUGCACUGGUGAUGAUUCCCUGAACAAAGUGUUUACUUGACAUACAUCUAUAGUGAAACAAAUUAGCUUUACUCUCUUUUCCCCUGAAAAUUCCCAAACCUGCCAAUGAAUUCUUCGUUAUCAUAAUACAAUUUUCAUUAAAAAAAAAGGAAAAUACAUAAAAACGUUAUUAAUGAGAAAAACAAAUUCUUUUAAAUCCCUCAAAAAGUAUAGCGAAAAAAAAUAAUUAAAUAAUAAAAUAAGUAGAUUAGUUGGACCAGAACACCAUUGCAGUAUCUCAAAUAGAAACUGUAAGUGUAACUCAAAAAUUCAGUGUCAAAUAACAGCCCUACAAAUGAGAUAAACUUAGAUCUAACUCUUCAGAUUUGUGUCACUACUAAGACGAAAACGACUCUCUUCACCUCUCUCUCUCUCUGCGCCUCUCUUUCCUCUCCCUCUCUCUUUGUCUCUUUUUCUCUCCCUCUCUCACUCUUGCUCUUUCUCUCUAUCUCGCACACGUUCUCUCUCUGUCCAGCCCUUCCUCGCCACACUUGCCUGCAAAUCCUAUUCCUUAUAUUUUAAAUCGGUCUAAAAAAUUAUAAUUUUUUCGCAUUUUCUUUCAGGCCCCUCCGUCUGACGAAUAAAAUAAAGACUUGAGAUGAUCUCUUCAGCUCUACGUGUGCCAUUCAAAUGAACAGAUCCAAUUUUUUCAUUAAAUCGAUUUUAAACUUUAAAAGACAUGUCAUAAACUCCUGAAUCUUUGUCAUUAAACUGAACAUGGCAAAUUAACAUUGCAAUGAG